AUGAGCGACUACGGAGCAGAGGACGAUGGCAGUGGCAGGCGACGUGGCGGACGGAUGACGAGCAAGCGAGCGGCGACGUCUUCGCCGGGGGUCGUGGCGCCACUACGGCUGAUGAUACGGUUUCUGUCGGUGCCAGACGUACCGCUGGACAUUGCAGAGCCGCACCGGAUGACGGUAGCGGGGUUGAAGCCGCUGAUCCGGGCGCAGCUGAUGCAUAUGGAGGUGGAAGCGGCCAAGGCGACGCGAGCAGCGAGAGCGGAAGCGGCAGCACGGAGAGAAGAUGGCGACGGAGACAGAAAGGGAAACACAAACGCGAGAGCGGAUGUUUUGCGGGAUGCACAUCGACGACGGCUGCGGCUGAUCUACGGUGGCAAGAUCUUGGCGGACGACGCGAUCCUGAGCCGGGCGCUGCGACCGAUGAUGGUGCCGCCACCACCACGAGCACGAGGAGGGAACGGCGGGUCUGGACGGUCUGGGCGCUCGUCGACGCAGCCAACGUCGGCGGACGCGGCGCCGGUCCGCAUAUACAUCAACUGCAGCAUGGGCGACGUGCAGCCGGACCACGAGCUGAUGGCCGAGGUGAUGGCCGCGACGACGGGGCUGUCGCUCUUUGGUGGUGACGAAGGCGGGACCGCGACGCGGACGACGACGAUGCGGGGCGACGACGGCAGCGAUGCGACGAUGGUGGUGCGGCACGACGGCACGGCAGCGACGGUGAUGGUACCGGGCAGAGGAGAAGGCAGAGAAGGAGGCAUGACGGAAACGGCCACCAGUCGACGGCUCGCCUGGCCAUUGCCGGGAUCGGCCAGGCGGCCGGCCACAGCCACAGCCACAGCCACAGCCACAGCCACAGCCACAGCCACAGCCACUUCCACUUUGGCAGCGCCACACGGCUUCGACCGGCUGCUGGCCACCGGUUUCUCGGCUGCCGAGGUCAACCAGCUGCGGCUGCAGUUCCGCAGCAUCCAGGCGACACGCUUCACGCCCGACGCCAUGCCGUCGCCCGACACGCUCCGGGCCAUGGAGGACCGCUGGCUCGACGAUGGCGGUGGCAGUAGCGGCGGCGGCACCACGACCGCGUCUGGCUACGGGGCGUCGUCUGGCACCGCCGACGUCGACACGGACGGCCCCCUGCCACCCGACGAGGACGCCGGCAUGCCCGGACUGCUCGACGUCAUGGUCCGCGGCAUGCUGGUCGGGUUCGUCUUCCCGCUGGGUGCCGUCGGCUGGCUGGCCCGUGAACACGGACUCUGGACGCGCAAGUGGCAGGUCUUUGUCAGCUUUGGGGUCGCGCUGAGCCUGGUGCUCGGGACGAUCAAGUCCUUGGCGGGCGAGUGGUAG